GUCUAUGUGCAGCCCUGUGAUGACCUGGCGACUUGUCCAGGGUGAACCCCGCCUUUCGCCCGUAGUCAGCUGGAAUAGGCUCCAGCUCGCCUGCGACCCUGUAGAACAUCAUGUUGUCUUCGCAACCCGGAAGUAACCUUAGCUUGUGUGAGGGUAGCGUAUUAGCGGGACGAAAUGUGAACAAAGGUAUAUUUAGUUAACGAGAAUUAUAUUUAUAUAGAUUUACUUUAAGUCUAGGAUAGAUUAUAAAAUAUUCUCUGAACGCCCGAGUCAUCUAACGGACACAGGAAGUUCAGGGCAGGAAGUUAAAGCUGCAGUUAAUUUGUCAGCAUAGCAAUGUUUAGCUAAAGCUCAGAGCUCAUGCUGUGAUCAUGGGAUUUUAUGAAGUGUAUUCUCACCCGGUUUUAAUCCGGUAUAAAGCCAGAGUGUGUUCCCGGGCUAGUGUGUUUGUGCUGGUGGUGUAUCUGCUCACUUACAUCCCUCCUCUACUCAUCACCUACAGGAGCCAAGGGUUCUGGCUGAAACAGAGCUCCUAUGAAGAGCAGCCUGUGGUACAGUUCCAGUAUGAGAUGCUGAUGAUGGGUGUGACGAGUGUUAGUGGAGAAUACGUCGCAUGGAGCACCUUCUCCAACUUCAACACCCUGCUGGAGGACAAACUGCGCAUUCCCACUGUGUCUGUGCAAGAGAGCGACAGGAAUGGCGAUGGGAAAGCAGACCGUCUGUCUCUGCAGAUGUCUGUCCCUCUGACCAGUGAAGAGCAGAUCUACAGCAUCCAACUCCUGCUCACCUUCUCCUACCAACUCCGCCGGAUGUCGGUGGUGGUGAUGCAGUCGAUGGUGUUGGUCCAGGCCUCGUCCCCUGUCCCUGUGUCUCAGCUCUUCAUCAGUGGCGAUCUGAAGCUGCAGCAGAAGGAGCCUCUCUCUCACCGCGGUGUACACACUCACUAUAACAGUUCACAGAGUUACACUCCAGUAUUUCAGGUUCAUCCAUCCAUUAUUUGUCUCAUUUACCCUUCACGGAUGUGGGUGAAGAUGGAUUCAAUCCUAGUUGACUUCAGGUGAAAGGCGGGGUUCAGCCUGAGCAGGUCACCAAUCAAUCACAGGGUCACACAGAGAUGCACAACUCUCACACUCACACUCACGUCUGGGGGAUUUAGAGGACCAAACCCACAAGUCUUUGGACUGUGGGAGGAAACCGGAGGACAUGGAGGAAACACAUACAGGCACAAGGAGAACAUGCAAACUCCACACAGGAAGACCCCAAUCAGCCAUGGGGUUCAAACCCAGAACCUUCUUGCUGUGAGGUGACAGUGAUAAUAAGGGCAGCACGAUGCUAUUUCAGAUUCGUGUAAAUAUAAAUGUAGACACCUGAAAACAAGAAAAGCCACACCUCCCUCAAAUUCUUAACUUGUUUAACUUGUGUAGAGGGUGUAGUAAAAUCUUCCCCUGCCACCAUUAACCAGCUCACUGGAUUACGUUGUUGUUACUGAGCUACAACACAAUGCCAGUGACCCCGAAUAAUUUUGUUUUACUAAUAUAAGUAAUGACUUUAUAACUACCAGAACCUGGACUUUUCAUAACAAUGUCGUGUCAUGGUAAUGUGAAUCUGUAACGAGCCAUAUUGUGGCAAAUCAUGAAAGCAAUAAAACACUCAGCAUCAUACUGUUAUAAGAUUACAACAAAAAUAAUCAUGCUGCAGUGGAUUAUUUUCCUCUAACAGCACGUCCCCAUGUGUUUUACUUCUCUUAUACCACAGCAAUUGACCAACGUUUACAAUUUUUUGUAAUUACCGAAUGAAAUUAGUACCCUGU